UUAUGUGAGGAGGAUGAAGAUGAUUUUGAUGAUGAUGAUGAUGAUGAUGAUGAUGAUGAUGAUGAUGAUGAUGAUGAUGAUGAUGAUGAUGAUGAUGAUGAUGAUGAUGAUGAUGAUGAUGAUGAUGAUGAUGAUGAUGAUGAUGAUGAUGAAGAGGAUGAUGAUGAUGAUGAUGAUGAUGAUGAUGAUGAUGAUUUGGAUGAUGAUGAUGAUGAUGAUUUGGAUGAUGAUGAUGAUGAUGAUUCGGAUGAUGAUGAUGAUAUUCAUAUAUCACUGAAUAAGUAAUGAAAAUUUUUUUGUCCUUUAUAACAUUACUACAUUUUACAAAUAUAUCCCCUACAUGAAUCCUUGGUUCAUUUACUUUUGUUUAAGUGAACUAAGUAUCAUCAUUAGCUUACAUAAAUGGGAGAAUCUGGAUAGUAGAAUGAGAUAAUUCAAUCCGUAAUCGAUCUUACUUAAUUUGUUUAAUCUGGUUGGUGUUUCUCCUUAACAAGAUUUUUUUUCUACGGGAUAGGAUUGCCGAUCUGAUACCCAACCCUUCUGCUUUACCCGAGCUUGAGACCGGCAGUAACUCUCGAAGAACUACAGGAGUUUAAUCAAUCUAACCAGUUGAUUUAUUAUCCAUUUGAGAACAUUUCAAGUUUUAACAGUCUUCAUAUGAAAACAAGUUGAAUGAUAUAAGAUGUAAUUGAAAUGAAUUCAUUAUUAAGAGUGUUACAAUAGUAGAUUUAUUAUUUAUUUAUUUAAACACA